AUGCGGACAUUCACCAACGUUCUCAGCCUGAUGUCUGACCAAUCCAGAGGUCGAUCAAGUGAAUGCACCAGCUCGCUGAGACAGCCAGUGUCGGUGUGGAGCCUAGAAAAGGAGGAGACGGUCCUGCUUGACGUCAAUCCAGCGGUGCGAUGCCCGCUGCUGUUUCUCAGCCUUCUCCGGUGGUUUGUGGGCAUAUCCCUCAUCUGGCCUGCAUUGAGGAUGUUCAUGGAUUCGUGGGACAGGGAAGAGGAGCAUGUACUGGAACGCCUGAAUAUCUCGGGAUUGCUGCUAACACAUAUGGCAGUGCUGCUUUUUCUAUUCGGGCUUGCGCUGUUCACCAUCAGCUCGUGCGGCUGCGUCGAGGCACUGCGGGAGAACACCUUCCCGCUCAGAGUGUACUCCUUUGCACUUACCAUCCUGAUUGUCGUCAACUUUGUCCUCGGCGUUCUGGUGUACUUCGUGCCGG